AUGGAAGCGGCCACCGGUCGUCUGUUCCACAAGCCGACUGGUCAUUUGGUCAGUUUGGCUGAUGGCGCUGCGACACAAGCAGAACAAACUCAUGUCGACGCUCAGGUCGCCGACUACGGCUAUGAAGAUGAACAAGGAGCGACGAGCACAACUGCUCAACCAGUCGAUCAAGCAUCCACGCAACAAAAUGGUACGUUAGUAGAGGGGUCCGCGGAUCAGGCGGAAGUGAUUGAUCCUGUGUCCCAGCAAGAACAGCUUUUAGCUCAAAUGGCUGAAAAUGGAGAGGUGAUCGAUUUGAACACCUUAUUUCCGGGUGUAACUGUCACGGAAGUCUCGCCCGGUGUGUGUCUUGUGACCAAACCGAAUGGCGAUCGCUUUAAUGUUGAACACGGUGGUGAAGGAAUCACUCUGGAAACCUUACAAACUAUAUUGCAAAUGGAUGCCUAA